CAUGACGCCCCUUCCACUAUCAAAAACCAAAUUUACCGCCGGACCUUUUCUUUCUUUCAUCGUCACUCAAAAGUAGACACUGGCCAAUGGCCAUGGCAACUUCUCUCCACCUAAACCACACAUUUUAUCACCGUUUCACUCCUACUUCGCAUAUGAGUCGAAAUUUGAACUUUUACCGGCGGUUUUCGUCUUCAUUUUCCUGGAAAGCUAGGGUUUUAACUUUGAAGAAGAAGCACUACCGAGGCACCGGACAUGGAGUUUUCUCGUCGAGUAUUAUUAAAGCGAACAAUACAAAUAAUAAGGAGAUCGACGAGGUUUCCGUUCAAGAAGAGAAAGAGAACGAGAUGGAACGGCCUCCUUUUGAUAUCAAUCUAGCUGUAGUUCUUGCUGGUUUCGCUUUCGAAGCCUACACUAGCCUCCCUGAAAACGUAGGGAAGCGCGAGGUUGAUGCUGCAGAUUGUAAGACUGUGUAUCUUUCAGAGUCAUUUGUACGCGAGAUAUAUGAUGGCCAGUUGUUCAUAAAAUUGACAAAGGGCUUUGAUUUGCCAGCCAUGGAUCCAUGGGGAACAAGUGAUCCUUAUGUGGUUAUGGAACUGGAUGGUCAGGUUGUCAAAAGCAAGGUCAAAUGGGGGAAAAAGAAGCCAACUUGGAACGAGGACUUCACCAUUAACAUUAAGCUGCCUCCGACCAAAAAUCUUCAGAUUGCAGCUUGGGAUGCAAACCUUGUAACUCCACACAAGCGCAUGGGGAACACAAGCAUUGGUCUGGAAAGCCUCUGUGACGGAAACUUGCAUGAGGUGGUGGUUGAACUGGAAGGGAUGGGCGGUGGCGGAAAGUUGCAGUUGGAGGUUAAAUACAAAACUUUUGAUGAAAUUGAUGAAGAAAAAAGGCCGUGGAGGCUCCCCUUUGUGUCAGAUUUUCUUCGCAAAAAUGGUUUUGAAUCAGCUCUAAAAAUGGUUGUUGGCUCAGAAACCAUGCCAGCACGUCAGUUUGUAGAAUAUGCUUUUGGGCAGUUGAAGUCAUUUAAUGUUCCAUAUGUUUGGACGGAUCAAGUUUCAAACAGUAAGGACUUGGGUGCAGCAAAUUCCAACCACUCUGUUGUGUCGGACAUGCCUUUGCCUUCAGAAACAAAGAGUACCACAGAAGUCCCUGUGUGUGACACGAACCGUGAUGGAGACAGUAACUUGGUAUUAUCCCAAGCUGAUAAUGACUGCUUACGUAAUUUGGGUGCCACAGAAGCUGGGGUAGCUACGCAAUCAGAUAAACAAUUUUGGAAGAACUUUGCUGAUGUUAUCAGCCAAACUGUUGCUCAGAAACUUGGUUUCUCUGUUUCUCUGGAAUUAAAGUGGGAUGAAUUUGACUUAUUGAACAGAAUUGGAUUGCAGUCACAAAAGAUUGCCGAAGCGGGUUAUGUUGAGUCAGGGCUUGCAACUCCAGAGGGUCAGAAGGUGGACAGUGAUAAAGCAAGUGCCCCACUUACCAUAAGCAAGAUUCAAUCUUCACUUCCAGAAAUAAAGAAGGUGACACAGGAUUUGUUAAGGCAAACUGAUUCUGUUCUGGGAGCAUGGAUGGUUUUGACUACUGCUGUUUCUAAAUUAAAUAAGGAAGAAAAUGUUUCAGGAAAGAGUUCUUCUGAUAGUGAGAAGCUAAUUAGCUCUUCGAAUGGAACCGCAUUGGAAGACAAGAAAUCUGAGGAAAUGAGAGUGCUCUUUUCUACUGCUGAAAGUGCUAUGGAGGCUUGGGCAAUGCUUGCUACUUCACUGGGCCAUUCAAGUUUUAUCAAGUCUGAAUUUGAGAAGAUAUGCUUUCUAGACAAUUCAUCCACAGAUACACAGGUGGCAAUUUGGCGUGACAAUGCAAGGAAAAGAUUAGUUGUUGCUUUCAGGGGCACAGAACAAGUAAGCUGGAAGGAUUUGCGAACUGAUUUAAUGGUAGUUCCUACAGGGCUAAAUCCUGAAAGGAUUGGUGGAGAUUUUAAACAAGAAGUUCAGGUUCAUAGUGGUUUUUUAAGUGCUUAUGAUUCAGUCAGGAUACGAAUCAUCUCUAUCAUUAAACUAUUAAUUAGCUACGUAGAUAAUGGAGCCGAGCCACCAUUUAAAUGGCAUGUCUAUGUAACUGGUCAUAGUUUGGGUGGUGCAUUGGCUACCCUGCUUGCUCUUGAACUUUCAUCGAGUCAACUAGUAAAGCGUGGUGCGAUUUCUGUGGCUAUGUAUAACUUUGGAUCUCCUAGAGUUGGUAACAAAAAGUUUGCAGAAGUUUAUAAUCAGCAAAAUUAUAGGAAAACCCGAGAAGAAUGUUGGACUUCCAAGUAUAGCUGGUUUCUAUAAGAUAUCUUUACUAUCCUGUGACUGUGAGCUCCCAUGAUAAAGUGCAUAGAUCUCAUGACAAGUACUGUAGGUUUUAACUUACAAAUGGUCUGGGGUAAGUUUUAUGAAUCUCCCUUCAGUUCAAAGAAAUUGCAUGGAUCUCCUCUCCAGCUCCAAAAAAAUCACAAAUAGAAAAAUGUGCAAGUGGCUUCAACGUCCCCUUUGAUGCAUCUCAUGACUUGGUUUAAUUGUCGAGAUACUUGUCCGUAAGGUUAUCGUGUCAUGUCUGACAUUCAAGGGUGGUCUUUCAAUUUUCUCAACUACAAGAGAGCUCUGUGAAAUGUACCUUAUGUUUACUUCUAGUAUUUCUCUCAUUCUUCUUUUUUUUUUGCAGUCACUAUUCUUACUGAGUUUUUCUCGACUUGAUAUCUAUAGCCUUAAUUGAUGAGGCUCAUCAAUUUAUAUGUCUCCCUUAUUUGUUUUUCUGGGACGCUCUUAAAAGAAAAACCUUCUCAUCUCAUUGAUGAGAACUGGCCCUACUUUUCGGUUUCUUACUCUCUCAAUAUUAUAAGUCUGCUUCAGUUUAAACUCAAUGCACAUACAUGUUUAAUUUUUUCACCCAAUUGCUUCUCAUUCAUCUGGUAGGUUACAUUGAUGAGAACUGGCCCUGCUUCUUCUUGGUUUCUUACUCUCUUAAUGUUAUUAGUCUGCUUCAGUUUAAACUCAAUGCACAUACGUGUUUAAUUUUUUCACCCAAUUGCUUAUCUGAUAGAAAUCCCUCCCCUUGCUUUUAUAUUUUCUGAAUUUAAGCUGGGCAAAAAUGAUGCAUUGCUGGCUGUGUCAUUCAUGUCCUUUGGGUCUUAUGGCCUGGGACAUAAUACUUGUUUGUUCAUGCUGCUUGGGAAAGUGUGAAACAUAUACAUAUGCGACAUUGAUACAUGAUGUGCGUGUAAGAAGAGUGUACUUGUAAAGAUAUGUCUUUUUACUCCUGUUUUUGUCUUGGACACUAAAAAACCGUG